AUGCUCUUCUCAACACUCACCACUGUCUCGGCCUUUGCUGGACUGGCAACGGCUUCACCGUCCUUUUUCCGAAGAAACCCACCGGUCGAGGCUGCCCCGGCAUGCGAGCCUGUCACAGUUCACGAGACGGUCCACGAGACUGUUCAUGAGACCGUACAUGUCACUCUCCCGGCAGAGGUAGUCCACGAGACAGAGACCGUACACGUCACUCUUCCUGCAGAGGUGCUUCACGAAACAGAGACAGUACAUGUCACUCUUCCCGCAGAAGUGGUUCACGAGACAGAGACCGUUCAUCAGACCGUACACGUAACAGAGGUUCAGCAUGUCGAAGUCGAGAAGCCAAUAACAGUUAUUGAAACUGUCCACCAAACGAUCGAGCAACCCGUGACCGUGAUUCACACAUCCGAAGUCAUCAAGGAGGUUGAGAAGCCCAUAACCGUUGUCGAGACUGUUCACCAGACUAUCGAACAGCCUGUGACACUGGUUCAUACCUCAGUUGUCGAGAAAGAGGUUGAGAAGCCCAUCACAGUCGUUGAGACAGUCCAUCAAACAAUCGAGCAGCCCGUAACUGUUGUGCACACUUCUGUGGUGGAGGUUGAGAAGGCCGUCGAGAAACCUAUCACAGUGGUUGAGACUAUCCACCAAACCAUUGAGCAGCCUGUGACUGUCGUCCAUACCUCAGUCGUCGAAUUGCCAGUUGAGAAGCUUGUCACUCUUGUUGAGACCUCAGUUGUUCACCAAACAGUCGAACAGCCUGUAACGGUGGUUCAUACCUCCGUUGUUGAGGUCGAGAAAGCAGUGGAGAAACCUGUCACAGUCAUCGAGACUGCAGUCGUCCAACAUGAGGUUGAAGUCGAGAAGCCUGUUACUGUCAUCCAGACUUCUGUAGUAGAGAUGCAAGUUGUCCAUACUUCAGUGGUUGAGGUUGAGAAGCCUGUCGAGGUACCCGUCACAGUUGUCCACACCCAAGUUGUUGAAGUCCCUGUCCAACAGGUUCAUACCGUGGAAGUGAUCCAUACUUCUGUCGUUGAGAAGCCAGUUGAGGUUGUCCAUACAGUUGAAGUGGAAAAGCCUGUGCACGUCACAGUCGUUCACACCAUCACCGAAACAGCUGCUCCUGAGCAUGUUACUCCACCACCUGCCGCUCACCCAGUCGUCGAGCCCCCUGCUGAGCACCCAGUGGUAGAGACGCCCCCAGAGCAUCCCGCUGUGGUCAUAGUCAGCGAAGUGGUCCACGAGCCUCCUCCACAUGAGACAGCUGUCACUCCCCCAGAAGCUGAGGCUCCUGCUGAAGAGCCUGUGGCGAUGCCCCAUGAGACAGUAGUAGCCGAACAUCCUGCACCACCUGCCGCUCAUGAGCCACCAGCUGCUGAGGCUCCCGCUGAAGAGCCUGCAGCGGCGCCUCAUGAGACAUUAGUAGCUGAGCAUCCUGCUCCACCUGCUGAACACCCAGUUGCUCCAGCACCUGAGGCCCCUGUCGCAGAACACACCGCAUCUCCCGCUCCCGAGGCCCCUGUUACUGAGCACGAACCAGCACCAGCGCCUGAGGUUCCUGUUGCUGAACACGAACCUGCUCCUGCACCUGAGCAUGUUGCAAUGGAGGCACCAAAGCACACCCCAGCACCUAUCCCUGAGCACAUCAAGGAGGGGGCCAGUGAAAUGCCCAUCGCAGAAGCCCUUGAACACCCUCCCCAGCCAAUCCCCGUCAUGCUACCGUCAGGUGGUGUAUCGAACACAAACUCGACCAUGACCCCAACAUACCCUGGGCGUAGAGCCAUUGUUCGGAGAUGGUGA